CAUCACUCGCCAACAGGUUCGAUAAAGACUGACUCCUAUUAAAACUGUAAAAGAAAAAGGCAACCCGAUCAUGAAGCGUGUUCAGCUGUUCAAGUUGAUGAUACUAGUGAGUUUCUUAACUGUCUGUGCAUUGGCGAAGACUACUGACGAUGAAACGAAUGCAUACUCCAUCUAUCCAGAUGUAUCGUAUUCAUCGCCCAACAUUGAUGGAUUGAAAACCAAUUUUGAUUUAACCGAACUGACUCGGCACGCUAGACAUCGGCCAUUUCUCGCUGGAGCAGCUGUUGGAGCGGUUGUGGCUAAUAACAGGCAUCCAACUUACUAUGCGCCGAGUUACUAUUAUCCACCUACUUAUUACCCUUCAUCCUACAACAACGACUGUAACUGCAACGGCUAACAUGAAGUUAUAAGAAUAUUAUCGUACAGAGUUUCGCAAAUGUGACUGAACUGACCUUUUUACAAA